CUUUCCCCAAGCCCAAUACCAAAAUCAGGCCCAAGUGAAUAAGCAAAAUUCUUUAGGGCUCCAAUUAACACUUCACACAAUUUGGUAAAAACUCUCUGAAACUGAAUCGGAAUCGGAGCUGAGAGAGCAAGCAACAAUGGAGGCCGGAGACGAAGCGCUUGAGAUGGUGGUAGACUCAAAGGACUUGCAGCAGCAAAGCAAAGCUCUAGAUAAGCUCACUGACCAUGUCGAAGAUCGUCAGCUUGAUUCCUCUCGUGUUCAAACGGCUAUGGCUUCAAUUUAUGCAUCUAAGGAAGCUGAUCUUCAAGCUAUGAGACUGAGGGAAAAAGAACUAGCUGCUGUUAAGAUUAAUGCUGCUGAUGUUGAUAUAAUUGCAAACGAACUAGAGGUGGACAAGAAGGUUGCUGAAAGGACUUUGAGAGAGCAUAAAGGUGAUGCUGUAGCUGCAAUAAGGCAUUUGCUCAACUAGUACAACAACUACAACGCCUCAGUCCCAAAUAAAUUGGGGUCGGCUAUAUGAAUAGUACCGGGGAUUUUUUCUGUUGAUUCUGAGAUGUACUAGCAAAGAGACUACUAAAUGUUCAUGCUAUAUAUGUAACUUUGAUCUGUUGACGCUGCUUUUCAAUUAUAUUGGUAAUUAAUUGCUACUAUCGGAGUUAAAAAUUAG